AACACUCUACAGCAUAAUGCUUCAUCGUUGGAUCAUUUGAUGCUAUGCUAACGCUAACCUUUGAACUGGGUCAAAAACCUUGCUGCUACAGUGUAGUGUGGGUGUGUCUGUUUUUCUCUGUCUCUCUGGCUGUGUCUUACUCUGUCUGUGUGGAUUUUGUUUGACCACUCGGGACAAUAACCACAACUAACUAUAUAGCCUACAGGGUUCUUCUAAGCUCAACCUCAAAACUAUCACUCACUCACUUGCCCUGGAUUCUGGAAGUUACCAUUAAUGUCUUGUAGGUUUGUCACAAUACCAGUAUCGCAAUAUUCAGAAGUAUCGUGGCAAGGAAACAAAUCAUGAAGCAGAUUUCUUGAGGAAAACAGUCCUAAUGUUAGAAACAAACAGCAUUAUCAAAUUGAGAUGUAUUUCUAAAGCACAUUUCAGACAUGGACUGCAACACAAUAACUGAAAUACUUACUACACAACAAACAUAAGAGGAUAAAAAAAACUACAGAAUAACAAUAACUGAACUACCCAAAAUCAUCUUAAGGAAAAGCAAAGCUAAAAAACGGUGUGUUUUAAGAUCUCUUUUUAAUGUGUCCACAGUUUCAGCCCCCCUCAGGUUCUCUGGCAGGCUAUUCCAGAGGCUGGGGGCAUAAUAACUAAAAGCUGCCUCUCCAUGCCUCUUGGUCCGAGGCUUUGGGAUCGUUGAAAGGCCAGUGCAAGAGGGACCUAAUGGGUGCAUUACUUGUCAAAGACGUCAUCCCUUUGGGGUCUCCUCGUCCUGAACCAUCACCGGCCCUCUCCUCCAUCCAGGAGACCGAGAUGAAACCCUCUCAGCCCCCCGGACACCUGUCCAACCCCAACACUUACCCCCUGCCCAAACUCAGGGCGAAGCCCGCUCCUGGCCUGCCUCCUCCCCCUCCCCACCUGCCAGGGGUACACCACCGAGCCUCCCGGGUUGGAGUUGGGGGUGAAGCCAAGGAUGGCCCGGCCAACUUUACAAACACCCUAAUCAGGAAAACCCAGCAUUCCCACAGCCCUGUGACCCCUCACCCCUAUAGGGGCAAGAAAUUUAACACUUGGGGUGGUAUGGGAAGGGACAACCCACUGUCGCCCUCCUCCCUUCCCCCAUGCAGAGUCAGUGCUCCCAGCAGAAGGAGGGACUAUGGAGUGGUGCUGAGGGAAGACAUGAACAAGAAACUCAAGAGUCGUGGUUCCCUGGACCACAGAGGAACCACUCCCUCUAACAAGCAGUUCACUCCAGGAGGCACCAGAUCCAUGUCUCUGAAGAGACUCAGACAGCCAGACUUGGAGGAGAGAAACAGAGGAAGAGGAGAGGACAUGGCUAAUAAGAGACUUCAUCCAGAGGACUAUAACCCAGACCCUAUCAGUACCUGUUGCCCAACCGAUGGAACAGCCAGUUCUAAAAUGUCCACCAGCCCCAACCCAUCCUACCUGAAGAAAGUCUUCAUGAAGAACAAUCUGAGCUCAAGUCCUACUCUAAGGUUGAAGGAGAGUCUCACCCCUAAGAAGACAGAGGAAGGGAUGGAGAGAGACAGGAGUACUUUCCCGACCUAUCCACUCUCCACACCCAAACCUGCGAGGAAGCGCUGCACCGGCCAUGGAAAGACGCCAUGCUUCAAUAAUGUGAGGGAGAACGGCAACCCUCAGGCCGGAUACAGGGGAAUGAAUCACCAAUCUGGCAACCCAGCCAACCUGCCAGUCACAAUCCUUAGUAGAGGAGAAUGUAGUAGAGCUAAAGAGACCAGAGAGCGAGAGAGUGGAGGAAGAGAACCGACAGUUCGCCCCGACGGGAGAACCCCCAAACCCGACUCAAAAUCUCAGAGCUCGGAGUCGAGCUGCCCUAGUUUUCGGUGCCAUCACGCAUUGGAAAAGAAGCGACACGUCUCUCGCCCACGUAGAACGUCUGCCUUGCCGGAUGACCUGAAUGACCUUUUCACCCCUGACCCCAUAACCUCUAGCCUGUCUAGAGCAGCGAUGACCUUUUCUCCCAGUCCCCAGAGAGGAGACAGGUCGCCCUCUGUACACAACAAGGUUCCUCUGUCUGUUGUGUUGGCUACUGUCAGUGAUGCUAGUAUGGGACCGGGGUCCCCCUAUGUAACAAGCCCUAGAGAAAUCCCCCCCAAAUCCCGAUCACAGCGAAUCCCAUGUCCCAAGAUCUCUUCCUGUACGGACACUGCAAUGGACCCCUGUAAGCUACUCCUGGACCCCAAAAUCUUCUCCUCCUUUGUAAGGCUGGAGUUGAGCAGGAAUGACUUGACUAAACUAGAGACCGGCUUGUACAGAGCCAUCACCAGCACUGUAUCUUCCUCAGGGAAGCCCUCGUCCCCUAAGGAUGUCGCCUCAGGACCGAAAACCAGAUCUUCUGGUAUUGCUUCAGCAGAGUUGGUGUCAACUAUGAAUGAGAAUGCCUACCUCAAGACUGAGUCCUCCGUUCUGAAAACGAUCCCCCUCUCAGCCUCUGCAAAGUCCUCAUCCUCAUGGAAGGACAAGUCAUUUAGCAUGGAGACGGCAGACCUCAAAACCAGUCCCUUCUCAACCCUGGACCAACAUGGACAAGGAAAGGAGGGUGAAGAGAGGAAGGAAGGAGACCAGAAGGUCCUUAAGAGUUUAUCGUUCCUUGAGGAAGGAGAACAAAGAAGCAACAAGAACAAUUCCCGUAAGAGUCUGGAGGGGGACCCUGUGGAUGUGGAGUUGAGCCUAGGCCUCGACCUGAGCCUGGGGCUAGAGUUGGCGCUAUCCCAGACCAGCAGCAGCAGUGACGAGGACCAGCUGCCGUCCCUGCAGCAGAUCCUGGACCGUACCGCCUGGCCCCCAGACACCCCAGAAAAAGGAACCAUCCCUGCACCCAGCAUCCCCGUUGGGCUCCGACACCACAGCCAACCACCAUCUUCAUCUAAAGCCACCAGUUACAGGAACAACCUGGAUGAGAUGCUGAAGGAAAAGGAGGGCAUUCAAAGGUCUAAGGAGAUGGAAGCCAAGCUGCAUCUCUCCUGUAAAGAGAAACUGCUGAGAUUGGCUGAGGAAGAGGAGGAGGAGAACAUUGAGGAGGCUAUCUCGCAGCAGCAAAAGGAUUUCCUGCAGCGUUUCUCGGUGUUGUCUAGUGCCAUCCAGGACCUGCACCCCGGCGAAGCGGUGUUCAACCUGGACAACUUUGGGCGUCUCUUCAGCCAACACACACUGCAGCUGAGACGCUGUAACGUCACCCCGUGUGACACCACACAGAAAACAAUCCUAUGCUCCUCUCCAGACCAGUUCAGGACCCAGGUCAGUUCCCAGCUGUUCCAGAGAGCCUACUGCUCCUCCCCCUGUCCUCCCCAGGUGACCCGCUGGCUCUUCCAGAUGAUGUCAGUCCACUCAGACAGGCUGACCUGUCAUCAGGUACUAAAGGCCCUUGGAGAUAUUUCCUGCUCCGCUGCUGAACACAUGGUGCUGAAUAAGAGUGAGAGGUUUGAGGUGUGGGUGCCCAGUGUUGGAGACAUGACCCUGGUCUUCAUGAACAUGGGGGUUCCCUUUGUCACCCUUUUCCCCCUGGAGAACCUACAACCCCCCUUCACUGAGGGAGACCUGAUAGAGGGCCUCCAGAUCAGCACAGAGAGCCUGUCCAGCAAGAAGGAGAUCAGAACUUUCCCUGAACACAACUUUGACAAUGUCGUCAAGUACAUGUGUCAUUGUACGUCGUUGUGCCCGCGGGUCUACAGUGACGGAGAACUGUUGUUACUCCUGACGGUGGUGAGCAGAGUGGGCCUGGACACGCAGCUCGCCCUCCAGCCCACUGAGCACCUCCGCUCCCUACUGCACAACCUGGUCAACAGCAUAAGGGACUUGGACAUCAUGCUACCCAGGAUCUGCAUGUCGCUGAUUGCCCUGACUGAGGACCACCACAACCUGCGCUGGCUGGUUGAGCUCCUGCCAGACAGCAUGCGCGGCAAGCAACUCAGGAGACACCUCAGUGUGUCGGCCAUCUCCAAGCUGCUAAACAACAGAUGCACUUACAUUCCCUCCAACACAGAGUUCCAGCUGUCAGACCUGCGUCCCUACCUCUCCCAAAUGCGGCCCUCCUCACUCCUCCGGGGGCUGGCCACCUCCUGCUACAGGAGGAGUCACCACCCACACAGAGAGCGGGAGGAAGAGGAGGACUGUGCCUCCCUGGACCAGCAGGCCUACUACCUCUGCUACAGCCUCCUGGCCUUGGCCAACGAAGCCACCAACUUUGAGGUCUUCCCUUCGGAGCAAAAGAACCAGUUGUUGUUGCUAAGUGCUGAGCUGGAGAAACACAUCAAAAGUGACAUCAGGGAGAGUGAGAAGAUGCUUUACAGGAGCAGGGUGAAGGACCUUGUUGCCAGAAUCUACACCAAGUGGCACGUGCUGGUCCAGAGAACCAGGCCUCUCCAGGAUAAACUGUAUGACUUCUGGCAGCCUCCGCCUGAGGAUGCUGUGAGCAGCAGCCAGGAGAGUCAACACUCCGACGGGGAGGAAGAGAGAGAGGGGGAUAGGGUCAUGGAGGUGGAAGGAGAAGAAGAUGAGGGGGAUGAGGUGAGGAUUGCAGUGAAGACUUUGGCGAUGGAGGAUGAGAGCGAUGAGAAAGAGAAGACACCAGAAAAGCACUUAGUCAUGGAGGAAGCUGAGGAAGAAAGGGACAUUCAGGGGGAGGAGGAAGAUACAUUCCUAAAGAUGGAGGAGAUGGUGGAACUUACGCGAGAGGAUUCAGAUGAGGAACCAGAUAUGGAAGACAUGGUGGCAGAAAGGACAGAAGUAGAACUGAGGGUCACAGAAAAGAGGGAAGCAGCGGUGGAGGAGAGAAGGGAAGAACAGACGGAAGGGAGAGACUGAGGAGAGAAGGGAAGAACAGACGGAAGGGAGAGACUGAGGAGAGAA